GGUGAUAGUGUUAGCCGACUUGUGCUAAUAACAUUUUUUUAUGUUUACAAAUAAUGAAGCUAAUAUGUGUGCUAAGUGACUGCAGGUAUCCAUUGUCAAAAUAAUCCACUAAUAUAGUCUUCCUAAAAUGAUAGAGAACACCAUUAAUUAAGACUAAUGUGGAUUGCAAACAUUCGAAUAGCUCUCAAACUGAUUUAUUAACUUAAUGAGAUUUUUUUUAUAAUUUAAUAAACCCCUUAUUUUCUUGCAGCCGAGUCUUUUAUUUCUAAGUCUUCCCCACCUACUAAGCACUUUCAUUCUUUUCUCAAAACUCCUUCCGAAAUUUAGGGAUUUCUUCCUACCAGCCCUUCAAAGGCCCUUAUUCCAAACUCUUAAAACAUCCUGAUUUUCUUCUCCAGUUGCGUACAACUCCCAGCCCGCCUUUGAAGCAGCAGGUCGCUAAACUUGGUAAGCUUUCUUCGUUGCUCUUCCAUCUCGUUUUUAAAGCAGUAGGUCGCUAAACAUGGCAACUUCCAGCCCGCUUUUAAAGCAGCAGAUCGCUACACUUUUUUUUACAUCCUUAUCAGUACGGUUCUCGAGUUUCCUUUCUGGGAUUUUUUUUCAGAAUAUGUUCAGACCGUUGGAAAUCAAAUUAGGGAUCGAUUGAGGCUGUUGGAAAUUUAAUCUCUCCGAUCCAGUUUCCAAACUUAUUCUUGUGAUUAAUUUUGAAUUAUUCUUUCCAUCUAUUAAUACAAAAUGCCCUGCUAUAUAUUGCAAAUAGUUCCCAAACGUUUAAAAACACCAAGAGUAUACACCAAGUAAACCAGAGAACGAUCAAGCAACACACUUUAGCAUUCUCAAAAAGCUCUAUACACUUCGUUCUUCAUUCUUUCAUAAAAUCUGCUGUGCUAAAAUUUUUAAAACUCUUUUUGCAGAAUUCUUAGUGUUCUCUUAAGUUCAAUCACUCUCAAAUAUUUUUGAAAACUUAAGAAACCUUUUGAGAGCUAUUCUGGUUUGAACAAUACACAUUGAUCUUAAUUAAUUCUUUUGCUAUCUUUUUGUGUAUUGUAUUCUCUACUCAAGUCAAGCAUAAAAUCUUUAUAUUCUUGCUUGUGAGUACGAGAUAAAAAAAAACUGUUCUUGUAUUACUUUAUACUCAUUUGUAAGGUUUUGUUUGGUUUUCCUAAAACCAAUCCUUAGGUUGUUGGUUAACCCUUUGUAAAACCAACUGUAGUGAGGUUUUUGGUUGAUCCUCCUGUAAAACCAUUUGUAGAGGUUUUUGGUUGAUCCUCUUGUAAAACCAACGAGGUUGUGAGUUAGCCCCUUGUAAAACUCAACACCUAUUGGCAAGGGUUUGUUUGCCAAAACUUUAGGUGGUGCUCUUCUUGAUUUCAAGGGAGGCCAUAUUAGUGGAUUUGGAAAUCCUAAGGGAGGUGCCCUUAGGUAGAGGAGUAGGAUUAGCCGAACCUCUAUAAAUCAUUGUGUACUUUACUUGCUAUCUUACGUUACUUUGUAUAUCUGUGCACACACAAAUCUGUUCUUUUGCACUUCUCUUUAUUUUCUCUUGCAAAACUUCUAAAUAGUCAUCUGUUUGUUUCCGCACUUAAUAGGCACAAAUUUUUAAGGACACCUAAUUCACCCCCCUCUUAGGUGUAUUUCUAUUUUCAAUUGGUAUCAGAGCAGGUUACUAGAUAAAUGCUUAAUUGUACCUAGUGAUCCACUCUUCUGUGUCUUGUGUGAUUUGUGUGUUUUGAGCUUUCUGUGAUUUUUUUUUCAUGUCUUCUCACAGCAUCUCCAAACCUCCUUUCUUCAAUGGGGAAAACUAUUCCUAUUGGAAAAUGAGAAUGGAACAUUACAUUCAAUCUGUGGGUUAUGAUAUUUGGAUUUUAAUUGUUAAAGGUCCUUAUGUUCCAUGUAAGACUGUAGGUACUAAAACUGUACCAAAAGAGAUGGAUGAGCUAAAUGACAUUGACAAAAAACAAUUGAGUCUCAAUGCUAAAGCUAUAAAUGCACUUCAUUGUUCUCUUGGUCCAGAUGAGUUUUCCAGAGUCAGUCAAUGCAAAUCUGCUAAAGAGGUCUGGGAUAUGCUGGAAACUACACAUGAAGGUGAUACUCAAAUAAAGCAAACAAAGAUAGCUCUUGGAACUUCUGAGUAUGAAAGUUUCAGAAUGAGACCAAAUGAAUCUAUCCAGGACAUGAGUAAGCGUUUUAAUGACAUUCUCUCCUCUCUGAGUAAGUUGGGUAAGAACUAUACUUCUCGUGAAGUUAAUUUAAAAAUUUUGUUUUCAUUACCCAAAGAUUGGGAGAAUAUUGUUGUAAAUCUAACCCCUCAGUGUACUAAGUUGUCUACGGCUAGUAUAUGGAGUUCUUUGAUAUCUCACGAACUAUACUUAGCUAAGCAACGCACUGAUGAAGCCAACGACAGACCAACACACAUAACUCUUGCCUUGAAGGCAAAUCAAGAAAAAGGUGAUAAUCAGAAAAGCCAUAAGAAGCAACACAAUAACUUUUCCAGUUCCAGGAUGCAAAGUAAAGGAAAAGAGACUGCUGAAAUCUUCCUGGAAAGUGAAGAGGAGAGUGAAGAAGAUGAGCAAGCCUUGUUCAAACGCUACAAGAAGUUUGUGAAGUGGAAUAAGGAUAGAAACUCAAACAAAAUUGCUGCAAAGGGAAAGAAUAGUAAUUCUAAUUCUUUUCAUUGUUUUGAGUGUGGUGAACCAGGUCACACAAAAGCCUACUGCCCCAAGUUGAAGAAGCAACCUGCAAGCAAGAAACAACAAGUUGUUGGUAGAAAACAUAAGGGUAAAGCUCUUCAAGCUACUUGGGAUGACCUGAAUUCAGAUGUUGAGUCUUCUGAUCCAGAACAAUCUGAUGAUGAACAUGCUAACUUCUGCCACAUGGCUCAUGAUGAUGAGGUAAACUCCUGUGCAUCUUAUUCUUCCUCUCAUAGUUUCUCUUUUGAUGAGAUUAGAGAUGCUUUUGAGCAAUGUCAAACUGAUUUGUUCCAAACACUGGAAGAAAAGAAAAUUUUGAGAAAGAAGCUCAAGGAUUUACAAACUAAAUAUGAAAUUCUGAAAAAAGAAAAACUUGAGCUUAUCACCAAAAACGACUUUCUAAUUAAAGAAUAUGAUAAUCUUAAGAAAAUCAGUGACCAACAAAGUCACUCUCUGAACAAGCUCUUUCAUAUUAGGCCUAUUCAAGAGGCUGUGUGGGACUCACAGAUUCCUUACACAAAUAAGAAGGGUCUUGGUUUUGAAGAUGAUCCUAAAGUCAUUGAUAUCACCACAAAUUAUUUUUCUAAUAAAGUAAAUGGAUUUGUAAAACCAUCUUCCAAUCAGAACAACUCAAAAGCACCUUUGAAAUCAUGUCACUAUUGCAUGAAGUCGGGUCAUGUUGUGACAAAUUGCAACGUAAAGACACUGGUUGAGAUGGGGAACAAGCUUCCAACUUGGAAGAGACCAAGAUGGGUGGUCAAGAAUUCCCAAACUAACAUGAAAGGACCCAACAUUAAGUGGGUACCUCGUUCAAAGACUUAAAUUGUUUUUCUAGGUUCACUUGAGCAUCAAGAACACAACAUGGAUAGUAGACAGUGGAUGCUCAAGACAUAUGACUGGUGACUCUUCCUGGUUUAAAACUUUAAUCUCCAAAGAUGGUGGAAAUGUCACACUUGGAGACAAAACAAAGAAGAAGGUCAUUGGUAAGGGACAGGUAAGUAUUUCUGAUUCUACUACGAUUAAAGAUGUUUUACUUGUUGAUGGUCUUAAGUAUAAUCUGUUGAGCAUCAGUCAGUUAUGUGAUGAUGGUCAUAAAGUUGUAUUUAAUUCCAAUGCGUGCACCUUCUUUGAUAGAGAUAGUAAUAAUGUGCUUUUUGUUGCUAACCGUGAUGGUAAUUUGUAUAAAUUCUCUUGUGAUGAUUUCUCACAUGCUACUUGUCUUACUUCUAUGCAUGAUGAUGCUUUUCUGUGGCAUAGGAGAUUAGGACAUGCUAGUUUUGAUUUACUUGCUAAAUUGUCCUCCAAUAAUCUUGUUGUUGGUUUACCUUUUAUGAAAUCUGCCAAGUUGCAAUUCUGUGAUGCAUGUAAACUGGGGAAACAACACAGAACUUCUUUUAAACCAAAGAAUGUUGUUUCCACUUCACGCCCCUUACAAUUACUACACAUGGACCUUUUUGGACCAGUUGAUGUAGUUAGCCUCGGGGGUGCUCAGUUUGUUUAUGUGAUUGUAGAUGAUUAUUCUAGAUUUACUUGGACUCGUUUACUUGCCCACAAAUAUGAUGCAUUUAAUGUGUUUGCUAAGUUGUGUAAAAGGAUCCAGAAUGAGAAAGGGUACACAAUCACUUGCAUAAGGAGUGACAGGGGAGGAGAAUUCAGAAAUUCUGAAUUUUCAGCUUACUGUGAUGAUCAUGGUAUUGAUCACAAUCUUUCUGCCCCAAGAACUCCUCAGCAAAAUGGCGUGGCUGAGAGAAAGAAUAGAACCCUACAAGAGAUGACACGCACUAUGCUCAAUGAACACAAGCUGCCACAAUACUUUUGGGGAGAAGCUAUACAAACAGCUUGUUACAUGUUAAAUAGAGUGCUGUUGCGUCCAAUUCUUAAAAAGACACCCUACGAACUAUGGAAAGGAAGAGCUCCAAACAUCUCAUACUUCAAAGUAUUUGGAUGUAAGUGCUAUAUUCUGAACACUAAAGAUCAGCUUGGUAAGUUUGAGGCUAAGUCUUCUGAAGGUAUUUUCCUUGGCUACUCUCUGGUUAGUAAAGCUUAUAAAGUUUUUAAUAAGUCUUCUAGAUGUGUAGAAGAAUCUUUACAUGUUGAAUUUGAUGAAACUGACCCAUUUAAGCCGAGAAAGGAAGUUAAUCUUUCAGAUGAUGAACAAGAAGAAGAGAGCUCUCAAUUUGACAAUCCGGUUGAAAUAGAGCUUGCAGAUGAGCAUCGGAACCCAGCUGGCCAGAAUAAUCAUAUUGAUCUUCCUAAAGCAUUCAAGCACUUGAAGGACCAUCCCUCUGAAAAUAUCAUUGGUGACAUAUCAAAAGGUGUAAGAACAAGAGGUAACAUUAAUCUUUGUGCUUAUUAUGCAUUUAUUAGUCAGUUUGAGCCCAAAAAUAUAGAGGAAGCAUUAAGUGAUGAUGAAUGGAUAAUUUCCAUGCAAAAGGAGCUAGACCAAUUUGAACGCAAUAAUGUAUGGGAAUUGGUUGAAAGACCAAGUAACCAUCCAGUUAUUGGGACCAAAUGGGUUUUUAGAAAUAAGUUGGAUGAAAAUGGUGAGAUAAUCACCAAUAAAAGCCGACUUGUUGCUAAAGGGUAUAAUCAGGUUGAAGGACUUGAUUAUGAGGAAACCUUUGCUCCAGUUGCUAGGUUAGAGUCUAUUCGGAUGCUUCUUGCUUAUGCUUGUUACAUGGAUUUUAAACUUUUUCAAAUGGACGUUAAAAGUGCCUUUUUGAAUGGAAUCCUAAAAGAGGAGGCUUACGUGGAGCAGCCCCCUGGUUUUGAAAAUAUCAAUUUUCCAAACCAUGUAUACAAGCUUAAUAAGGCCCUCUAUGGUUUAAAACAAGCCCCACGUGCUUGGUAUGAAAGACUUUCAAAAUAUCUUCUUGAAAAUGGUUUUUCAAAAGGGCAAAUUGACUCAACAUUGUUUGUACGCACAAAGGGUAAUGAUAUUAUGUUAGUUCAAGUAUAUGUCGAUGAUAUCAUAUUUGGUUCUACUAACCUUGCUCUUUGUGAAGAAUUUUCAAAAGUCAUGACCAGUGAGUUUGAGAUGAGUAUGAUGGGUGAGCUUACAUAUUUCCUCGGCCUUCAAAUCAAACAAACGAAAGAAGGAACCUUUGUGAGUCAAGCAAAGUAUGCCAAGGAGCUAGUUAAAAAGUUUAAUCUACAAGAUGGCAGAAACUUUGAAACUCCUAUGAGCACGUCCAUUAAAAUUGACAAAGAUGAGGAUGGUAAACCCAGUGAUGAAAAGGUCUAUAGAGGUAUGAUUGGUAGUUUACUUUAUUUGACUGCUUCUCGUCCUGAUAUUAUGUAUGCUGUUUGUGUUUGUGCUCGCUAUCAAUCUUGUCCAAAAGAAUCACAUCUUGUGGCCAUUAAACGUAUCAUUCGAUAUGUUAAAAGCACAACCAACCUAGGACUUUGGUAUCCAAAGGGAUCCAAUUUCUCCUUAGUCGGGUAUAGUGAUGCUGAUUAUGCUGGAUGUACAGUUGAUAGGAAGAGUACUAGUGGUACUUGUCAGUUUCUUGGUCACUCUUUAGUGUCCUGGUCAUCCAAAAAGCAAAACUCGGUUGCCAUAUCUACUGCUGAAGCAGAGUAUGUUGCUUUGGGUAGUUGUGUUGCUCAAAUUUUAUGGAUGGUCCAAGCACUAAAUGACUAUAACUUGAAGUUUUCAAAUGUGCCUAUUUACUGUGAUAAUACUAGUGCUAUUAAUAUUUCCAAAAAUCCUGUUUUGCACUCACGAACUAAACAUAUUGAGAUUCGUCAUCACUUUAUUCGUGAUCAUGUGCAAAAAGGAAACAUUUCUGUUGAGUAUGUUGACACCAUGUACCAGCUAGCGGAUAUAUUCACUAAACCGCUAGAUACUGCACGUUUUUGUUUUCUAAGACGAGAAUUGGGGAUGCUUGAAUUAAAUUAAAGUAAUUCCCAGUUAAAGUCUAUACAAAUGGGACUUAGUGAGUACUGGUCUGUUAAAAUUAAGUAUGGAAAACACUAGUCCUCAAGAGGCUCAAAAGUUCAGCCCCUGGAGAAUCCAAACAUAAUGGUAUUGGCUCCCAAAGAGUUAAAAGUCAGCAGCCUGCAGAUGCGGAUAUGAAUGUCAAAAUUCAAGGAUCAACGGGAUCGAGCACAGUGAUAAUAGCAUCAAGAUCAAGUUUCGGAGUGUUGUGAUCAAGAUGUGGACGAACAACAGUGUUUUCUAUACUUAGUUUCUCAUUAACAUGAUCAAAACACGGUCCCAACAUUCCAUAACGUGCCUCGUGUGUUUACUUACAAUUAUAAUUUGGUAUCCGUUUCUUUUGCCAUUGCUUUUAUCUCAAUGACCCUCUAUUUUUGAUAUUGACAAAGGGGGAGAAAUAUGUCGACUUCAAGUCACAUGUUCAUAAAAAGGAGAAAUUUAUUUACUCUACGUCAAUCAAAAAGAGGAAAGAGAUGCUCUUUGUAUGGGGGAGUGAGUUAUAAUCAUCAAGUGAGGGGGAGCUUGCUGUUUUUUUUCAUAUAUGCUCUGUGUUUCAUACCCUCUUGAAGUCAUUUUUUGUCAACAUAAAAAAGGGGGAGAUUGUUAGCCGACUUGUGCUAAUAACAUUUUUUUAUGUUUACAAAUAAUGAAGCUAAUAUGUGUGCUAAGUGACUGCAGGUAUCCAUUGUCAAAAUAAUCCACUAAUAUAGUCUUCCUAAAAUGAUAGAGAACACCAUUAAUUAAGACUAAUGUGGAUUGCAAACAUUCGAAUAGCUCUCAAACUGAUUUAUUAACUUAAUGAGAUUUUUUUUAUAAUUUAAUAAACCCCUUAUUUUCUUGCAGCCGAGUCUUUUAUUUCUAAGUCUUCCCCACCUACUAAGCACUUUCAUUCUUUUCUCAAAACUCCUUCCGAAAUUUAGGGAUUUCUUCCUACCAGCCCUUCAAAGGCCCUUAUUCCAAACUCUUAAAACAUCCUGAUUUUCUUCUCCAGUUGCGUACAACUCCCAGCCCGCCUUUGAAGCAGCAGGUCGCUAAACUUGGUAAGCUUUCUUCGUUGCUCUUCCAUCUCGUUUUUAAAGCAGUAGGUCGCUAAACAUGGCAACUUCCAGCCCGCUUUUAAAGCAGCAGAUCGCUACACUUUUUUUUACAUUCUUAUCAGUACGGUUCUCGAGUUUCCUUUCUGGGAUUUUUUUUCAGAAUAUGUUCAGACCGUUGGAAAUCAAAUUAGGGAUCGAUUGAGGCUGUUGGAAAUUUAAUCUCUCCGAUCCAGUUUCCAAACUUAUUCUUGUGAUUAAUUUUGAAUUAUUCUUUCCAUCUAUUAAUACAAAAUGCCCUGCUAUAUAUUGCAAAUAGUUCCCAAACGUUUAAAAACACCAAGAGUAUACACCAAGUAAACCAGAGAACGAUCAAGCAACACACUUUAGCAUUCUCAAAAAGCUCUAUACACUUCGUUCUUCAUUCUUUCAUAAAAUCUGCUGUGCUAAAAUUUUUAAAACUCUUUUUGCAGAAUUCUUAGUGUUCUCUUAAGUUCAAUCACUCUCAAAUAUUUUUGAAAACUUAAGAAACCUUUUGAGAGCUAUUCUGGUUUGAACAAUACACAUUGAUCUUAAUUAAUUCUUUUGCUAUCUUUUUGUGUAUUGUAUUCUCUACUCAAGUCAAGCAUAAAAUCUUUAUAUUCUUGCUUGUGAGUACGAGAUAAAAAACUGUUCUUGUAUUACUUUAUACUCAUUUGUAAGGUUUUGUUUGGUUUUCCUAAAACCAAUCCUUAGGUUGUUGGUUAACCCUUUGUAAAACCAACUGUAGUGAGGUUUUUGGUUGAUCCUCCUGUAAAACCAUUUGUAGAGGUUUUUGGUUGAUCCUCUUGUAAAACCAACGAGGUUGUGAGUUAGCCCCUUGUAAAACUCAACACCUAUUGGCAAGGGUUUGUUUGCCAAAACUUUAGGUGGUGCUCUUCUUGAUUUCAAGGGAGGCCAUAUUAGUGGAUUUGGAAAUCCUAAGGGAGGUGCCCUUAGGUAGAGGAGUAGGAUUAGCCGAACCUCUAUAAAUCAUUGUGUACUUUACUUGCUAUCUUACGUUACUUUGUAUAUCUGUGCACACACAAAUCUGUUCUUUUGCACUUCUCUUUAUUUUCUCUUGCAAAACUUCUAAAUAGUCAUCUGUUUGUUUCCGCACUUAAUAGGCACAAAUUUUUAAGGACACCUAAUUCACCCCCCUCUUAGGUGUAUUUCUAUUUUCAGAUAGUGAUGAAGUGGAGAUUCUUGAGUGGCUAACUUCUUAACCACCAGAUCUACUGCAUUAAAUGCAUUUCCGGCCAAUAUUCUGCUUUCCUGCCAAAAGCCUAGACGAACGCCCCCUAAUCUUCUAGUUCUGGGCCCAAGUACGCACAAGGAUGGGACUUCGCUCGGCCUACGCCGGCUUCUCUCCCCGAGCCUCUUGGAUCGUCAGCUAGAUCUCUUUAGCCAAAGCUACAAAGGCUGAGCGUCCUAGAUCACUAGACGAGCGUCUGUCUAGUUUUCUUGCUGGACCGCACCCAAAUUUGGC